AAGACUAUUAUCGUUACGAAUUACAAAACACGCUGUCUAGCCGGGCAGCAUAUUACUAUUUUAUACACUUCAUAUAUUACGAAAUCAGCAGUUGCAGUUGCAGACUUUAAUCCAUAAUUAAUAAUAAUGAUACAACAACAGCGCCAACGUGUAGAGUCAGCCGUGACCGAGCUCAUCGAUGACAUGGACAAGUCGCAUUUACGCAAAAUGCAGACGGACAUGCAUCUGUGUGCGGCAAAGUGUUGCCAAGACGGGACCUCAAGCGUGGACAGCGUGCAGCGCUGCGUCGACCGUUGCUCGGCGCCCAUGACAAGGGCGCAAAACUACGUGCAGCACGAGUUGGGCGAAUUUCAGGGACGACUUCAACGUUGCGUCAUGCAAUGCAACGAUGAUGUUAAAGUGAAAAUGCCACCCAAUCCAAACGAGGAUCAGAUAGCCAAGUUUACGGAUCAGUUCGAAAGAUGCGCCAUACAAUGUGUCGACAAGCACGUUGGCCUCAUACCCAAUCUAAUGAAGACAAUGAAAUCGGUUCUAGCCAAGGGACCCGACGCCAUACCGCAAGUCUAAGUCUAAGUCCUGUGCAUAUAUGUGCUAUAGCAUAUAUGUGGUGUAUGAUUAUGCUAUAGUGCAUAUAUGCUGCAUUUAAUUGUUGAGCUCCCUUUUCUGAAAUGUAUUGUUAACUAAAAGAAGAACAUAAAACCCUUUUAAGCACGCUAAUUAAAGCCAGGUUUAUGGCGCCUAAACUGAACAGAAAACAUCUUUUAUAUUUUUAAAUAAAAAAUCCAGCAGAAAAUAAAAGCUGGAGCCGAAAAACUGGCAGUCAGGAAGAGGAGCUAGAGCGUUCUAUAUGUAAGAAAGAAAGAGAGAGAGAGGGAGUAUAAAAGUUUGGACAUACUUAUAUCAAAGUUAAUUAACAUGAUCCUAAACUGGACAUUGAUGCAUGUCAUUUAGCUCUCAGAGAGAGUCUCUUUCCUUCUCUCUCUCUCCCUUUUAUCUUCUUUAUCCGAUCCCUAAAGAUCUCUUGAGCAAUUGAUAAAUAUAUGUACAUACAUAUAUCAUUAUACUGUAAACACUUGAACCCCAAACAACGUUUGCUUUGCUAUUAUUCACAG